AUUGCACGUGGCCAUGGGGUGCUGGGCAGUGGGGGCAGGAGCCGCUUUGUAGCGUGGGCCUAGGGGACCAGACAGCAAAUGUGACAAAUCAGGAUGGGGGUGGGGGGUAAUAGGAAAAAGACCCCAAAAUCGGGACCCUACAUGGGGGGCUCAGCGGUAGCCGAUUGGAUCAACUCCACUGUUGCUCUGAGCCCUGGAUGCGCACAGGCUGGGGGCUGGUUUCCCCUGCUCUGCGCCCCCCCCCAGCCUUUCAUCCCAGCAAGGAUGUGCCCGGGCUCUGCUAUCCUCUGCUCGAGUCCUGGGCAAGUCCUCACCUAGCUCCCUGCCUCAGUUUCCCCACAGGACAAUGAUCCUUCUCCUCCUGCGCUACGAGCUCCCAGCUGGGCCAAAGGCCGGGGCCGGCUCUGUCCUGCUGCUCCCCUUUGGUAGGACGGGUGGCAGGGCCCUAGGCUGGGUUUUGACCCCGAGAAGGGAGCGGGGCUGGAGGCAGGAAACCGUCAGGAACUUGGCCGUUGCUUUGACACGGGAGGGCCCAGGCGCCACACGGAUGGAGGCUGGGCAAGAACCCGCAGGCGCCAGGGGAAGGAGCCGGGAGCUGCCCCCGCCCCGUCCUGGGGGAGAUUCUCCCAGCUCCCUGGGUGGCCAAACCUGAAUCUCUCCCCACCCCCACGCGGUGCGAACGCCCCCUGCCUGGCGCUGGGGAAACAUGUCCAGACAAAGGGGUGGCAGGUGAUGGCCACGGACCUGCCCAGAUGGGGGGGGCUGAGAGCCAUUGACCCAAACAGCAAACCCUGGAUGUGAUGGAAACCAGGCCAGGGGGUGGGGGGCAGCCCCCCCCAGUCCCAGCUAGGGUGACCAGACAGCAAGUGUGAAAAAUGGGGAUGGGGGUGGAGGGUAAGAGGCGUUUAUAUAAGACAAAGCCUCAAAUAUCGGGCCUGUCCCUAUAAAAUCGGGACAUCUGGUCACCCCAGUCCCAGCCCCCCAGGCUGGGUCUUCGGACGCUCUGCAGAGCCGGCUGGGGAUGGGGCAUUUCCUGCAGAGCCCGGAGCCGAUUCAGCUUUAUGAAUAUUUGAUGGCCGAUGAAAUCUCUGAAAGGCCCCACCCUUCCCUCUGUCUUGUGUGUGGGCAGGGCCGCCCGGGUAUUUCGGGACUGGUGCUUUGCUUUGCCUUUUCCUUCUCACCGGCGGAGGGGGCCAGGGGUGGUUUGUAUGCUCCGGGUUUAGGAUGUGACUCAGAGGUGGGUGAGUGUCGCUCAGAACCAGCAAGAGGAGCUGAAUUGCCUGGAGGUCCCACCAGCUUGGCUUGACUGUGCUCCGCCGGCGAACAAGUUGAUCCCAAAGCCACCCAGAUUUGUGACUUGGGCAAUGAUGUGGCCCUGGCUCGCCGGGGAUGAGGCCAAGGGACCCCCAGCCCCACAGGGGCUGUGAUGCUGACCGGAAGCUCCCAGGCAGAUCUUUGCAGCCGGCUGCUGAUCUCGGAUUGUCUCUUCGCAGAGACCAGACUCGGGCCGUCACUAGCCCAGCGAGGGGAAUGGCUGCCCCAAGCGUGGGGGAAACCCUGUGUUGAGUCGCGCAAGGCUCCGUGAUGGCAGAGGACCAUGAAGGGGACCAAGCUGCUGACGGUGGCCUUGGCCCUGCUGACGCUGCUGGCCCUGAAGGCCUAUAUGGACUGGAGCUUGGAGCAGCCCGAGCACCUGCCCCCCCCUGAGCCCACCUGGCACCCCAGCCCCCCCCGGCUCACCAAGCCGCUGGGGGACGAUCCGGCGGGGCUGCUGCUCCGUCUCAACGCUUCGCUACAGCUGCUGCGCCACAGUGUCCCCGAGGCGGACGCCUACUGGAACCGCCAGCAGCACGGGCUCUUCCGGGCGCUGGAGGGGGGGCCGGCCAACAGCACGUGGGGCUGCGGGGACGGGCUGGCCGCGGCGGCCACGAUCAGGGACUUCGCCUCGUACCCGGAGCAGCACCGGCGCUUCGUGCUGCAUGCUGAGUGCCGCAACUUCCCACUGCUGGUGAACCAGCCCCACAAGUGCGCCGGCAACAGGACCUUCCUGCUGCUGGCCAUCAAGUCAGUGCCGGGCAACUUCGCCGCCCGCCAGGCCGUGCGGGAGACCUGGGGCCGGGAGGGGGAGCACGGGGGGCAGCCGGUGCGCACAAUCUUCCUGAUGGGCGCGGCCCACGGCCAGCACCAGCCCGACCUGCGGCGCCUGAUCGCCUACGAGAGCCAGGCCUACGGCGACGUCCUGGUGUGGGACUUCGAGGACACGUUCUUCAACCUGACCCUCAAGGACUUCCUCUUCCUGGGCUGGGCGCUGGCGCACUGCCCCGACGCCCGCUUCGUGCUCAAGGGCGACGACGACGUUUUCAUCAACACGCCGCGGGUGCUGACCUACCUGGGGGCGCUGGACACGCGUCGGGCCCAGACGCUCUACACCGGGCAGGUCAUGGCCAACGCCUCCCCCUUCCGCCAGGCCAGCAGCAAGUACUACAUCCCUGAGUCCUUCUACGCGGGGCCGUACCCGGCCUACGCCGGCGGGGGCGGCUACAUCUUCUCGGGCCGCCUGGCCCCAGCCCUCUUCCUGCUGGCUCAGCACGUGGCCUUCUACCCCAUCGACGACGUCUACACCGGGCUCUGCUUCCAGGGGCUGGGGGUGCGGGCCGAGGCCCACCCCGAAUUCCAGACCUUCGACAUCGCUGAGAAAGACCGGGCCGACCCCUGCGCGCACCGGCAGCUGCUCCUGGUGCAUCGGCGCAGGCCGCAGCAGACCAUGCAGCUGUGGCGGCAGCUUCGCGACCCCCAGCUGAAAUGCUGAUGGGGGGGCUGAGCGCUGGCGCUUGCUGCAGGGGCCCCAGCCUCAGGCGAAGCUGGCCCCGGUGUGGCGGGGGCUCCGGCAGGGCUGGAGGCGGCUGCCCGUGCUGGGGGGCAGGACAAGAGAACGGGCCAAGUGGAAACGUAGCCCCGGCUCUCUGCCGUCAGACCCGCAAAUUCCCUCCCGCUGCAUUUAACCAGCCCCCCAGCUGCGAGCUGGGCCAUGGACCUGGGCGGGAGCUGUGUGCGCCUGGGGGCGGGGGGCACUGCUCCGUGCAGCUGGCUGUCGUCCCGGAUGGGCCAUUAAAGAGUGUCUGGCA